CAGGGGUCUGAGGUAGCACUUCAGCUUGAACUGACAGCACGGAAAACUCUGAGAGCGACCCGCCACUGAUUUAUUCAAACGGGUCAUCGGUAGCUAAGUAAAAGAAAACUCAUGAUUUUACCGCAGUCCGACACCAAACAAUUAUUUGUAGGAGAUGUCUUGGGACGUUUUCAACAAGCAUUUUCGGCGGAUACAGAACAAGACAGUUCCGGCGGCACAAAUGAGGAUCUGAAAAUCGAAUGGCACAACCCAAGUGUCGUCGUGGGAACGGUUCUCAUGGUAGUUGGUAGCAAGGCUGUUCAGGAUGCGUUGGCGCAAGCGUCAGGUGCAUUGUUCACUCCGGUUUGCUUUUCGUUCGGAUGGGUUUCCUACGCGCUGUCGACUCUGGUGGGGAUUUUUGGAGAUGGGAGGCUGCUUCCAACGCCGGACUAUGCCGUGAAGGUUUUCAAUCUCGACUCUGGAUAUUAUCGAAAUAACAGAAACUGGGUCAUUGGCAGGAUUGUCAGAGACCACGAGACCUUGAUGUCGUCUCAAGAAGAUGCAAAAACCAAAGCAAUCAGAAUCUCCAUCUUUGAUGCCGAGAGUAAUAACAACGGAGCGCACAAGUUUGUUUACAACAGUCUACACAUUUGGGGUGCUGUGGUAAUAUUCAUUCAACUCGCCAUCGCUUCUAUUCCAGCAGCCAUAAGCCAAGGACGCGAAUGGGGGCCCCUUGCGCUCACGGCAUUCGGAACUGCGCUAGCCCUGAUGGUGGGAGCAUUGCCUCAAUGGGCUGCUGAGAAGCUUCCGAAACGUUCUGCGUCCAAGGCGACCUAUGCACUGACUGCAGGCAACGGAUCCAGGGACAUAAUGGUUAUCAAAGGUCAAGGCAACUGCAUAGAUUUGGAAGAACUGGCAAUUUCAGAGUCGCCAAGAAAUGGCUAUCCGUGGACUAAAUUCCCAGCAUUCUCCUCCGCGCAGAAGCACUCAUCUCAGCCUCGUGCCAAAGAAGCCUGGGGUUUUCCAACGGGCUUUCUCAUGACCUGUAUAGUGACUACAGUAUCUGCCGUUUUGUGGCUCCUUGUGAUGAUCAGUCUUGCUGGCUUGGAUGAGCACACAUGGGCGUUGAUUCUUGUUGGAUUCGUUGGUACCCUCCACAACACUCUUCUUGGGGGCAUGGCGCGAGAUCCGAAGCACAGAAAUCUCCCGCUGAAUCUCAUCGACACUAUCACCGCCAGUAAAGUCAUGGACGGACUAAUGGAUCUUGAAGUUACCCAUCCUGGAUGCGCACACGCGCUUGUGACAGAAUUCUUCCCUGGGGUGAUCAGACCGAACGAGAAAGAUUGGUGGCAUGCCACGGGAGAUCGAUCGCUCACGGAUUAUGACCGGCAACGAUCAAAAGACGCUAAGAAUAAGGCAGUUUUUCCUCCAAGGUCGCCUCCUCGAUCAUCAAUGCCGCAUUAUAAACUACAUAGCAGUACUACUGGUGGCCUUCCGACAUUCGUCACUACGACCGAACAUCCCUCAGUAGUUUUGCAUUCAAGACCUUCAGAUGACGGUUUAUCUCAGCCUGUCAUCAUAAUCCCCCGAAAUGAUAUAUGCGAUUUGGGCGAGCAGAUCAAUGAUACAGACCGCCUUAUGAGUGAUGCUGCGGGAGCUGCUCCGCAAGAACAAAAUGAACAGGGUUUGAGAACCGAAUCUGCGCGAAAACCGCGAUCUCCAAGUCCAGAGCCGAAGGGCCCUGGCGCUGUGAUUGGUACACUUUCUCCCAUCAUAGAAGUCAGCUCGGGCGGCGAACAGAGGAGAAUAGAUCGGAAUAUGUCUGGAAGAGCAGGGUUGAGUGGGAGUUUGACAGACUCAGGAGAAUCGACCAAGCGGCUGAGCUGGCGAGAAAUGUCAAAGGACUUCUCUAAGCGACCGGAUUGGGACUAACGAAUCACUCUCGAUGAUCGCAUGAGAUUUAUAGCUUUCUGAAGUAUUUCGGCAUAUGGAACCGAGUUGUUACCGCCGGCGUUUUCCUUUUGUUGGUGAACCGUCAGUGGAAGCUUCUUUCAUGUAUAAAUUUCGUCUGUAUCGUCAUCAGGUAGGUAUUGGUUUGAGAUGCUCGAUUAUAUUUAAAUGCACUCUAUUUCAUCUUGACUGAGG